UGCUGAGAAGGUCGUCUCCGCACAUAGAUUCUUUUCCCAAGCCCCAUUUUAUGAGGCGGCAGCGCGGGGGGCUUGCUUCCGCCAGUUUGGGGGAGGUCAAAGGUUGCCGUCAUGCUGUCCGUCUGUCAAGGCUCCUGCGUCUCUCUGUUCUCCGGGGAAGCAUUUAAUCCUUAUCACUGGUGUUUUAACCCUGUCUAAGCCUUGACAGCAAGCCUUAGAAAGCAAGGAUAGAAACGGCGAUCGCCGGGAGCCAUCUUAGGAAGGUCGUUUCCGCAUCCCCGAGCCAAAGGAGGCUGCCCAACGACCACUGGGAUGAGGUGGUCAACUGUGGACUGAGGCUGCUGCCAUCUUGAGAAGGACCCCCCCCCACUUCAUGGAAGGACCACCAUUUUGUAGCAUUGUGUUUCAUGGACUCUAGAGAGUCCAUAGCUCCCUCAUAACGGCAGCCAACUGACAGUUUGGAUGCUGGCUGGAGAAGAGAGGCUCUUCUCUUUGCACCAAUCCUUGACUCAUUCAUUACUGCUUUUGGAGGAGACCUGUGGAAUCCCUGUGCGAUUUUUAUGCGCGACAAAAUGCAUCGUUACAUUUACAUGUAGCCAUAAUCUGACAACUACAGGUAGAAAGGGCCAGCUUCUUACAAAAUUACUGGAGUCUCAAUGAUAAGGGAUUAUUCCAGGGUGUGGUCAGUUAUGACUACAGGGAGGUGAGGAUUCCCUAACACCUGUGCACAACCUCUCCCCUUGCCACAAGCUUGCGCGUGUAAACCUUGCAUAUCAGGAAAAGGCCAUCUUCCUGACAUGUACGCUUUGUGAUCGCACUUGAGAUUUGCACUUGCUUCUCCCUAUUGUCCAGGUGACUGGGAAAUUGCUAUUUCUAUUGUGUUGUAUGUAUCAGCGUUCACUUUUCCUCUAGCCUAGGAGAAACCCCAGCCAGUGAGCUGCCCAGGACCCUGCUUAACAAACCAGUUUAAGCUCCCAAUCAUAGUAUUGAGCCUAAAUUUAAGGCUCAAGGUUCAACAAAGUGUACAUUUGAAAACAUCUGGAGAAAUGUUGGGAGUGCCUUUUGAAAAUGUUAAUCUGCAUACAAAUACAACCAAGUUCUGUAAAAAAAACAAAACAAAUGUAGCCAUGUUGCCCCACGAGGAACCACACUCCUCUAAAAUCUUAAUACAUUAUUAAAUCAAAUGCCACAGAAGCGUGGCAAGCUUUCGGGUUCCGCAGAGCUCUUCACCAGGCAAAAUGUUAUAUGAAGCAGGGGGAUGAAGCAAAAUGGGGUGGUGGUGGGGAGUUCAUCAGGCUGAUGUCACGGCCACGAGGCCACCUUCCAGAGUCAAAAAUUAGUACAAAUUAUUGACUAUUUUGAAGUAUACAAUGAAGUUGGGCAAUUGGACCAAAUGGCUGCUAGGCAUAUCUGCAUGUGCUUCCAUGUCUCGCCACCAGGGGCCAGCAGGCACUAUGUUGUCCAAUCAAUAUUUUAUUUGACCAGUGGGAGGUGGGGUGCGGUGUUUAGUCCACCAUGCCCUGUCCUGCCCCACCACUCCAUUCCAUUCCUCCACCCACACUCCAUCCACUUUGCUUUGAAGCAGUUGUAUUGUUUUGUUUGUUAGAAAUAAAGAUUGGACUUGGGAGUGGUUCAGGUCAUAAGUGCCAACUCCCUGGGGCCCUGGGUGCCUGAGCACCCAUAAAAAUCCCCAUGAAGGGACUUGGCACCCACAAAUUUUGGUGCCAAGGCCAUGCACGCUGCAUGGCACCCACGGCCCUGGGCACCCACAGUCGCGGGACCAAGUUGGCACUCCUGAUUCAAGUAGCUUGGAAUUGGUGACAACAAGAAGUGUAUUGCAAGAAAAUAGGCAGGAAGAGAUCAAAGAAUCAUAGACUUGUAGAGUUGGAAGGGGCUCUGUGGGUCAUCUAGUCCAAACUCCUCUUAUGCAUGCUCAAUUCACUUUGAGCAGUAACCUGGCAUAACUACUACUACUACUAAUAAUAAUAGUAAUAAUAAAUUUAUUAAUACCCCACCUUUUUCACUGAUGGGACUGAAGGCAGCUUGCAAAUACAGUAGUACCUUGGGUUACAUACGCUACAGGUUACAUAUGCUUCAGGUUACAGACUCCGCUAACCCAGAAAUAGUACCUCGGGUUAAGAACUUUGCUUCAGGAUGAGAACAGAAAUCGUGCUCCGGUGGCGCGGCAGCAGCAGGAGGCCCCAUUAGCUAAAGUGGUGCUUCAGGUUAAGAACAGUUUCAGGUUAAGAACGGACCUCCAGAACGAAUUAAGUACUUAACCUGACGUACCACUGUACUAAAUUGACCUCAUAGCCCCCAUGAGUGGGUCAGUAGCAGUGGUAAACCCUCCAAAAGUAACUGGCAUAAGUUUCCCUCAUAUCCCGUUUGUGUCAGUUGGAAUGGGAAUUAAUCGUUUCAACAGCAAUCUGGUAUGCACUCUGUAGUAAGGAUAGGUUAAAAAUGAAUGAAUUGAAGUUUCUGAACCAAUAUGUGAAUAGGAACACAGCUGUCUCCUUUGAAAAUUGCACUUGCCUGAAUAGUCAGAUGCAGCUCUUCAAAAGAAUGUGCAUCCAAAAAUGUGUGUAUUAGUGAAAAUAAUGUACAAAAAUGCAUUUUGUUAAGGAGGUUUUGCUUGCAAAACAUGCCUCUACUAGGAACAAUUGUGCACAACUAUACAAAUAUUAGGAGAAAUGUUCAUUUUUGAGGAGGGAAUGUGUAAUGACUGGGAAAAGCUGAAAUGACAGAUUCAUCUACCCCGUUGCCUGCUGCUGUUACCUUAUAGCAGAGUUUUGACUUUCAGGGGUUUACAACUUUUUGACAUCAUGUGGCUCUGCCUCAUCACGACACCACAAGCCCCACCCCCUUGCCCUUCAGGCCUUGGGGUGCUGGGGGCCUUGACAACUUUAGGGCUGGGAUGUGGAUAAAGGCUGGGAGGAGAUGGGAUGGUGUUUGAGUUUACACUGAGUGCUACUGUGGGCAGAGCUGAAGAUCAUUUACCUGUUGGGUUUUGUCGCACAGCGGUUGUGCUUUGCUGGCUUAAAUAGAGGGCAGGGCAGACCACAACCUGUGAUCAGAAGCCAUCCCCCAAAUUCUGUAUUGUAUCAGUCCUCCAAAUUUUAUAUUAUUCCCCCAAAUUCUAUAUUACCUCAUUUCUCCUAACCCCCCCCCCACCUAUGAGAUAGGCCAGUAUUAUUACUGUCAUGUUUUAUUGUUUGUUUUAUGCUGUUCACCAACAUUAUCCUUUUUCUCAUUAUUUGUGGUGUAGAAAUUUCUGCAAAUAAAUAUCGUGAAUGGAGUGGUAGAUGUUGAAAGAACAGCUAAGCAGACUCCACCAGGACAAUAACCACCAGCUCUUGGGUUGUGCCCUUUCCCUGGUGCACUGAUCCUGCAAAGGUUGCUUGGACUAAGCAGCCAAGCCCAGCAGUCUCUUCUCUGGUUGGCAUCAGAGUUGGAUGAUCCAGGGCUGCCCGGACUAUGCUGAGUUUCUGCUCUUCCCAGAUUGUGCUCCUCCUCCUGUUGCUGAGAGGUGAGGCAUCAGGAGGGGUGUAUAUUUAUUAAAUUGAGGUCUGAUUGAAAAUAACUGGUAUUGGCAAAAGCCUCGCAUUUAAGAGUAUGGAAUAUUUGAUUGAUAAGGUUGUAAAAAUAUCUAUAUAUAAAUAGAUUAAGUUUCUUGAGUUAAGAUAAAGGAAGGAGGGUAAGGAUUUGCUGAAAGGAGUUUCUAAAAGGAAAUACAAGUGGGGAGGUGCGGGGAAGUCAAAGAACCAAGGAAAGAAUAGAAGGUUAAAUGAAAUUACAAAUUUUUAAAUUUUUCUGUUUUAUUGUUAUUCUUUGUUUUCCUUUUGUUACUGUUAUUGUUGUUUUCUGUCUUUGAAAAUCUGUAUUUUUUAUGUUUUGGAAUUUUCGUAAUACCAAUAAAUAUUAUAUAUAUAUAAAAAAAAGGAGGGGUGUAUAUUUGUUUGUGUGGUCCCCUGGGAAUGUGAGAACUAUCCCUGUUCUCUUUCCCUCCAGGCAUGGCAGCCAUUCUGUGUCCCAUCUGAGCUGCCAAUUUUGCUUGUUUUUGGGAAGGAAUGAUCCAGGACUCCAGGAUUCUCUUGGGGGCGGGAGGAAUUGGGGUUGGGAUAGAAAGUGGAAGCAGCAAAAGGGCAAGGAUACUUUAACUGAAAGGACAGUGGGUCAUAGCAAGAGGCCCUAGAAGCCAGGGGAUAUGCAGAUUCUUAGGUGCGGACUCUAGCUGUUAAAGCAGUUGUGAAAGUUUGGUGGGAAUUAAGGGGCCUUGAGAAAUGAGAUCCAGGGCCCCAAAUACUUAAACUAUAUCCUCUGCUCUGGGAACACUUUUUGCCCUUGCCAGACCCACUGCAUCUUAUGGAAACAUUCAAAUGGGUUGCUUUUCUUUUGGAGAUGCAAUAUUGGGGAAGAUUUCACUUGUUGAUCCCUUGCAAGCAGAAAUCAAAUGCACUGGGACCCUGCCAGAAUCUGGCUGGCAACUCUAAUGUGUGAUUGAAAAGAGAUGUCUUUGUGUAUUUGGAGCCCAGAGUCUGGAACGUGGGAGGACUUGAAUUCUGUUUUCUGGUACUGUAUGAUCAGACUUGUGGCUAAGUCUUAGCUGGACCAAAACAUGGUCUGCCUUUCAACGACUUUUGGGAGGUUUGGAUUUCCUCCGUGCACCUAUUUCUGUGCUACCAAACUCAGAAGAUGUUUAUUAUCAACACCCCAGAGGCAGAUUCAUUGCUGUGUUAGAAGCUUCCCAAGGUAUCUCCUUUUGGCCAUUGGUGGCUUUUUAGUGACUUGCUCUGUCAUGCUCUUGACAUGGCCACACUUCACCAUAGACCAGCUUGGCGUUCCUGUGGGCUCAUCUCCAUGGAGGCUAUCCAUCACAUCAGUCUACCCUCAGGCAAACCCCAGCUGCCUUCCUGCCUGCCUGCUUCCUUCCUUCCUUCCUUCCUUCCUUCCUAUGCCACUUUUCAUUCACACGAGUCACAAAGUGGCUUAUAAACAAUAAAUAUCAAUAACAUAAUGUUGUUGUUUAGUCGAUUAGUCGUGUCUGACUCUUUGUGACCUCAUGGAGCAGAGCAUGCCAGGCGCUCCUGUCUUCCACUGCCUCCUGGAGUUUCGUCAAAUUCAUGUUGGUUGCUUCUAUAACACUGUCCAACCAUCUCAUCCUCUGUCGUCCCCUUCUCCUUGUGCCCUCAAUCUUAUCCAACAUCAGGGUCUUUACCAGGGAAGAAGAAGAAGAAGAGUUUGGAUUUGAUAUCCCGCUUUAUGACUACCCUAAGGAGUCUCAAAGUGGCUAACAUUCUCCUUUCCCUUCCUCCCCCACAACAAACACACUGUGAGGUGAGUGAGGCUGAGAGACUUCAGAGAAGUGUAACUGGCCCAAGGUCACCCAGCAGCUACAUGUGGAGGAGCGGAGACGCGAACCCAGUCCCCCAGAUUACGAGUCUACCGCUCUUAACCACUACACCACACUGGCUCUCCCCCUGCCCCCUGCAGGUAGAAAAAGCCCUUGCCUGGUGGAAAAAGCCCUUGCCUGGUGGUCAGCACAAAGUCUCAUUCUCCUUCCUUGCUUCUAGUCCUGAAGGUAGCACUAACUGGCAGCUUUCUCCCCCCUUGUAGAAUUCAGUAGGGAGGAGGAUGGGGGCAAAAUGAAAAUUAGUUGGCUCUGCCAGCUCUGGCACCACCUACUGUUGGCCUCCUUGCCUCCCACCCUAUCAGUCCCAAUGGGGACCAGCCACCACUGCUCCACCUUAAUGCUCACAAUUUCCCACCCUGCCUUCUUGACUCCUGCCUCCUUUCCUUUUGCAGGUACCAAUAAAAAUUCUGCUCAACCAGGUGAGGAAGAUAUGUGAGUCCAUAGCUACAAGGGGCAGGUGUUCAUCAAUCUUAGCUUUGCUCCCUGCCCCUCUGACUGCUCCGGGUUCCUUCCUGCAGCCUGCGGCCAGCCUGAAGUGAAGCACACCACUCGUUUAUCUGGGUGGCAGGAAGCUGAUGAAGGGGAAUGGCCGUGGACCGUCAGCAUCCGAAGGAACAGGGUACAUGUGUGCGGUGGAAGCCUGAUCUCAUCUCAGUGGGUGGUGACAGCUGCCCAUUGCUUUGAUGGGUGAGUCGAAAGCAGCCUGUUGGGAAGAUCAGUGCAGCCAACCAUUAUUAUGGGGUAACUGUGCCCCUGAAGGACCAGGUGCGCAGCCUGGGAGUCAUUUUGGACUUACAGCUGUCCAAGGAGGCACAGGUUAAUUCUGUGUCCAGGGCAGCUGUCUACCAGCUUCAUCUGGUAUGCAAGCUGAGACCCUACCUGCCUGUAGACUGUCUCGCCAGAGUGGUGCAUGCUCUUGUUAUCUCUUGCUUGGACUACUGCAGUGUGCUCUACAUGGGGCUACCUUUGAAGGUGACUCGGAAACUGCAAUUAAUCCAGAAUGCAGCAGCUAGACUGGUGACUGGGAAUGGCCGCCGAGAUCAUAUAACACCAGUCCCAAGAGAUCUGCACUGGCUCCCAGUACAUUUCUGAGCACAAUUCAAAGUGUUGGUGCUGACCUUUAAAGCCCUCAGUCCUUAACAGCCUCAGUCCUGUAUACCUGAAUGAGCGUCUCCACCCCCAUUGUUCAGCCCAGACACUGAGGUCCAGCGCAGAGGACCUUCUGGCGGUUCCCUCAUUGCAAGAAGUGAGGUUACACGGAACCAGGCAGAGGGCCUUCUUGGUAGUGGCGCCUGCCCUGUGAAACGCCCUCCCAUCAGAUGUCAAUAAACAACUACCUUACAUUUAAAAAACAUCUGGAGGCAGCCCUGUUUAGGGAAGUUUUUAAUGCUUAAUGCUGUGUUGUGUUUUUAAUAUUCGGUUGGGAGCUGCCCAGAGUGGCUGGGGAAGCCCAGCCAGAUGGGCGGGGUAUAAAUAAUAAAUUAUUAUUAUUAUUAUUGUCUAAUCAACCAUUUUGAGCCAUAUGAUUGGCCCGGGACGCCCUGUUGGUGGUGCCACUUCUGGUUGCUGCCCAGUUAGCAUGACCUAUGACACGGUGUGACAGGGACUUCUCACUGGUGGUUCCCCAUUUAUGGAAUGCCCUCCCUGGUGAGAUGCUCCUGUUUUCCUCUGUAUUGGUUUCAUUUGAAAUUUAUUAACAUUCCUGUUGACUCAGGCAUCUGAUGGCCAAGAGGUACAAGUCAUGGCAACCCUGAAUUUGAUGAGGGAAUGUAAUUGCUUUUAAAGGAUUCUUAGAGGCUCUAAAUUCGUUUAGACGGUUUUAAAUUGUGUUUAAAUGCUUUUACUUGAUUUUACAUUUGCACUGUUUUAACAUUUUGCUAUUUGCCACCCUGAGCUCCUUUGGGAUGAAGGGCCUGAUUACAAAUCAUCAUCAACACCAUGUGAUCCAGCAUCACCACUGAAAUUCUUCAGUGAAAGAAAUCCAUGUUGCUGAUACCAAAAAUGGGAAAAUUUGGAAACUAUGUUUAGAGUUAACAACUUGAAAUGUGACUCUCUAAAGUGUAAUAUUAAUUCACUUUAAUAAAAUACAACAUUAAUAAUAGUUAUAAUAGUUACUCAUAGUUAAGAGUUCAUCAUGUCAAAUGCAGAAUUAACACUAUUAUGCUGGCAACUGAUGCAUAGAAUUGUAGAGUUGGAAGGGACAUUCAGGAUUGUCUGGUCCAACCCCCGGCAAUGUAGGAAUCUCAGCUAAAACAUCCAUGGCAGAUGGCCAUCCAACCUCUGCUUAAAAACCUCCGAGGAAGGAGAGUGCACAGUGUCUGCUUGAUUUAAAGCCUUAUUUGGUGUAUUAUAAUGGUUUAGAGCAUGUGUCAGAAGCCAGGAACAGCGCUUGGGAACUUCAUCCAUUUUUCUCUGAAAAUCUAAGCCUGUUUCUAUGGAAGCAAAUCCUAUAUGUGUGUGUGGGGGGGGGGUGGGUUUUCUUCUGAGGAAACUGCUUGAUGAUUAGCCUCCCAGCAACCCUCUGAAGAUAGAGUGGGCUCCUUUCCAAAGGAUUCCUAGUGAACUUCAGAGCUGAGUAAGGAUUUGAACACAAGCCUUUCCACUGCACAAGUCACUGAUUGCUCCUUAUCUCCCACAGGCCACUGAAUGUACGUGAGUACAGAGUAAACCUGGGGGAAUAUGAGCUCACUGCACCCACAGCUGCCAUGUUCUCAUCCAGCGUCAACAAGAUCAUAGUACACCCGUUUUAUGCUGGAGUUGGCCUUAGUGCCGAUAUUGCUCUGGUGCAGCUGGCAAACGCAGUGCAUUUCUCCAAAAUGAUUUUGCCUGUCUGCCUCCCAAAUACUUUUCAACCUUUUGUCUUCUAUGGAGGGAUGAUGUGCUGGCUUGCUGGCUGGGGCGUCCCCUUUAAAGGAGGUAAGAACAAGCUUGGGGUCUUGCUAAGUCAGGCUGUUUAUUGGAGAUGAUGGUGCUGUUUUGUGGCUUUAGGGGAGAAGAAGGGUUUAGGUGGGAGGCUGGGAAUCAUAUUGACUAGGAAGACAGGAAACUGUGUUGAUAAGAAGUUGGGAAGAUGGCAGGAGCGCCCCCAUAACAAUGAUCACAAGUAGGGGAAAGCAUGGUAGAAAAGUGUCAGGAACCAGGUUUCAGUGUCCCCUUCAAGUGCACCCCAGAAGCAGUUCUACCAGAGGAACCCGUAGGGCCAGCAUGACCCCAGCCAAAGGAGGUGGCACUGCCAUCUUUGGACUGGGAAGACUCCAUGGAGGGCCAAGCGUGACCAGAGACUCACCCAACCCCAUCACAGCAUGAGGCUAGUGGAGAGAGCUGGUCUCCUUUAAGCAAGGUAGCAUCUUCCAGGAUGUGUGGGGUUCACCAUGAAGACUCAGCUGUGCUGCUGUUCUAGAGGGCUGAGACUCAGCUUGCUCCUGCUGAAUCAACAAAGUAGCUUUGUGGUUGUGGGGCAUAGCUUGGGUCCCUGCAUUCAGCUUUGAUGCUGCCUGGUGCCCAGCUUGAACCUCACCCUGAAGCCAGUCUUAAGUUCCACCUGGCCUUGGCAGAGAGCAUGACCCAAAGGAUGCAGGUGGAUACAGGCCACCUCCUCUUCUGGCCCGUCCCUCACUUCUUAGGGGCAUAGUUGCACAGCUAGUGAGCUGACCUUCCAGCCUGGUGGAGGUGCUAUUGACUACUAAGUUGGUUCCCAAUAGAACCAUAAAAUAGUAGAGUUGGAAGGGACCCAAAGAGUCCUAGUCCAUCCCCUUGCAAUGCAGGUAUCACUGUUAACCACUUUGUUGUGAUUUGAUGAAAGAGCUAGGGUGGUCUGUAUCACUGAGCUGCAGAAUUUUUUUUGUGGGGAAUGAAGCCUGAUUCAGAACAUGCCCAUCCUUUACAAGCUGGGCAACUUUGUGUUCCAAACCAGCAAACUAUGUGCUGGUCGGCUCUUAAAAACCAGUAAGGCUGUAAUGAAUGUUGUCUGGUGAAAUUUGAGACUGUGUCUUAUGCUUCCUUUCUUUUGCCCAAGGCUCCCUAGUCACUCAGACCCUACAGAAGGCGGAAGUGCUGAUCGUAGAAGCUGAAGACUGCAACGGAGUCUAUCACAACAUAAGUAGUGACAAGACCAUCCCCAAGGGCUACAGGUUCAUCUAUGAUGACAUGAUCUGUGCUGGGUAUCCAGAAGUUGGGAAGCAUGCCUGCUUUGUAAGAAUCAUGAACCAGAGUAUUAUAGCAAUGAUGUAGGAUAUCGCAGGGCGGGGACAGGAGCAGCCUGUGAGGCUACGAUGGCAGAAAUAUUGUGAGUUUGUGGUCAUCACAGCCGAACCAAAACUUGUUUUCAGUAGCAGUGUCCAGCCCUGGAAAAUAUAGACGGUGGUGUAGUGGUAAAUUUUGCGGUAUGUGUCAUGACAGUGCCAUCCCACCACACUCCAAGAGAGUCCAGAAAUACAGGCAGUGGUGUUGAUCUUAUAUUAUCUCAAAGAAUAGCAGCAAUAUGUCACAUAAUAUAAUGCCAGUUUGUUAGGAUAGAGAAGGGAAUUUUUUUUUUAAUUCGGUUUGCAUUUAAGGCAAAGCUACCUUAUUUGCACUUUGCAAAACAAACACAGCCAUCCUUUGAAAUAUGUUUUGGGGGGGCUUUUUUUGGCAGUGUAGUUCCCCAGUCAAGUAAUAUGUACAAAAAUGCAUGUGCCAAAGCAAAGUGUGUGCGUUAAUACAUACGUUAGUCAAAAUAGCAUGUAAAAUUGAAUUAUAUCAGAGGCAAUUGCUUUGCAAAAAAUGUGCAUAUUAGGCAAAAUGGUGUACAAAAAUAUUCAUAUCAGGAGAAAUUUGCUCUCAAACACUGAUUAAAUUUCAUGAGGACUUUUUUUUAUUAAAAACAGUUGCCAGCUGAUGUGGAAAUGUGGAGAACUGAACUUCAAACUUGGAAAACGAGAAACAGGAAUGGACACCAGUGUGAUAAAUAAACACAUUCAUGCAAUUUGUUUCAGGUUAUCAAACCCUCUGUGCAUUUUGGUGCCUCUUCUCAAGAGAGUAAUGGAGACCCUGUCUCCUUUUCUUGGCAGGGCGACUCAGGGGGACCUCUAGUCUGUCAGCAGAAUGAUGUCUGGUUCCUGACUGGAGUGAGCAUAACAUUUGGUUGUGUGGAGAGCUCUCAACCCGGCAUCUACACCCUAGUCACCUCCUUCAUGGACUGGAUUGAAGACACCACACAUGAGAAAUUGGCAGCCACUGAUGUCCAUACCAGUUUGGUUACCCUCUUGAUUCCAUUCCUUCUCCUGGCCUUAACCAAUGUCCUUUUGUGACCCACCCUACCUUCUCCCAAUGUGUUUCACUGUGGCCAUCUUGCUUUGGCUUGCAAGUUGGCCUGUCCUCAGAGAAAGCUCAGAAGGUCUGAAUGCUGACCCUCGAAGACUGAGCUUCCACUGGGGGACCGAUCUGCCUAUUGCCUUCUUCCUUACCUUAUUUUGCUCAACAGAUGAGAAGCGACUGAGCUUGAUUUGAAAAAUAAAAUGUCUGGAA